UCAUCAUUAUAAAUCUACUUACUAUAGAAAUGUCUUGUUCACACUUGUACAAAAGAUAAGGUAGGAAUCUAGACACGAUUGCAUUAAAAAAUAAUGAACAAAAGAAUUUUCUAAACAGAAAUAAAAUAAAGUAAAAUUAUUAGAGAAAAAAUUAGCCAAUAUGCCUUCCUACCUUGACCCAUUUCAAAAUUCCUCUCUUACCGCAUGCUUUGACCACUUUGACUUUUCUACUACUUUUUUUUUUUUUUUUUUUUUUUGGUGGCUGCCCUUUAUAUAUCUUUCUCUCUAUAUAUUUCUCUAAUAACCUUUUUUUUCCCUUAAAUCUCAAAAAGAAAAAAUAAUAAUAAUAAUAAUUUUUAAAAUUUAAUUUUCUUCACUAUCAAGAAUAUUCAAAAUUUUCUUUCCACAUUAUACUAAACACUGUCACUAUAUAAUUUUUUUUUUUUUUUGCAUGUACUUAUUAUAGACACAAAGAUACAAUAAUUUGUUGGGAAGUCAUUUCAAAGCUAAUAGUGGUCUUAUAUAUUUUCAUUUUCAAAAUCAUUGUAUACUUUUUCAUCAUAUUUUUAUUUAUUUAGACUCGAAAUUUGUGAAUAUAACAGAUUCGCGAGUACUUUAAUACUUUUCAAACUAUCAUACCUUUCCAUAGAAUUUUCAUUUUUCAUUACCAACAAACAAACAACCUUGCUCUUCUUUCAUUGGUAUUAAUUGUAGUAGUCUUAUUGCUUAGUUGAUAAUUGACAACUACCCUACUGAAAUUGUUUUGCAUAAUACAUUAUGCAAGUUCAUUCAUUCGAAUGGACUCGGUCUUCCAACUCGGUAAUGGAGACCGAGUUAGCUAUCUCUGUAGUCUGAUGCAAUCCUUUGGUGCCUCCUACAUUUGCCUUUGGACCUAUUCACCUGAUCUCAAAUUUUUGUACUGUGAAGACGGGCACUUCCAAGAAGAGGCGAGUUCUUCGACUGGAGGAGUAUCAUCAAUUUCUCUACGACUCUUUAACGAGUACAAACAUUCUGUUUUUCCUGUUGGGAAUGACCUUGUCCCAGGACUUGCAUUCAGAGAUAAAAUUCUCAGUUUAAAGCUGCAGGAGAUAGAUCUUCAACGCCUCGCAUCAAUCGAAACACAGCGUCGAUUCUACAAGGAAGCAAAUAUAAAGACUGCGGUAUUCUUUGGUUGUAAGAGAGGUGAGAUUGAACUCGGCAUGUCCAAUAAUCAACAAAAUUUGGAGAUGAAGAUACAAAACUUAUUUUCGGCAAUGGAGUUUCCGAGGCCAACAGAUCAACAACAAAACAAGCCUUCAUCCUCUUCUUCUCAAUCAAUGGAUAGUCCCGAAUACACCUCACUCUUUUACAACUUCGCGAGUUCUUCAAGCUUUCACCUUCAACCAGAACAACCUGCAGCUGUUAUUAGGGAGACUCAUCCUAGCAUAAUUAAUCAACAUAGGACAACAAACACGCAAUCGAUCCCUAUUACAGCGAAGACAGCAACAAAUACUGCAACAUCUUCUGUUAAUGCUUCUCAUCUUCAACAUCCUUUGCUACAAAACAUUCCUUUCCCUACAGCAGAAACCACUGAUGCCGCCUUAACAAAGGCGUACUUAGCAAUCUUGUCAUCUCCUUCUUCAUCAUCAACUGGUGGUGAGAAAAGUUGUCUUCCAUAUGGUUUUCAAGUAAGGCAAAGGGCAAGUGCUUUUACGAGUUAUCAAAGCCCGUCUUCUACUCAGAAGAGGCUUGAUUUGAGGAGGCAAACCUUGCUAAAAGGCGCUAUUGCCUUCUAUAGAGGGAUACAUUUUAGGAGGAUUCAAGAGCUUUCGUUACAAGGGUCCGGUCGCCCUACUAGCAAUCAGUUGCACCACAUGAUAUCUGAAAGGAAAAGAAGAGAAAAAAUCAAUGAAAGUUUCCAAGCUUUAAGAUCCUUGCUCCCUCCCGGCACCAAGAAAGACAAAGCAUCAGUAUUAAGAACUACAAAAGAGUACUUAAGCUCUUUGAAAGCUCAACUCUCGGAGCUUAAUAAGAGGAACCAACUCAUGGAGGCACAACUCAUAACGAGGAACGAGCCUACAUCACCAAAUACAACAAGUUUAGACGUCUCAACCAACGAAAGAGUAACGGUUAGGGUUACGCCGGUCUCAGAAUCAACAUCAAGAGAAAGAAUGGUGGACUUGCAAGUAAUAUUGAGGAUGGAAACUUCGGUACCAGAUUUGGUUAUUAGAGUGUUAGAGUUUCUUAAGCAAGUCAAAGAAGCAACAAUGGUGUCAAUGGAAGCUCAAACUCAUCAAGAAACUACAUCAACUAAUAAUCAAUUUCCUACAAAUUGGGUCACAUUUAGGCUGAGAAUUGAGGGAGAAGAAUGGGAUGAAUCUGCUUUCAUUGAAGCAAUCCGAAGACUUCUUGCUGAUUUGGCCUCUUGACGUCAUUGACAAUAACAUUAUUUUGUCAUUUUGAUUGCUAGCAAUUACACCCAUUCAUUCAACAACAUUUUUAGGGUGGUGUUAGUAUUUAAUUCCUCAUAAGCGAUUAUGACUACAAAUUAUUAUUUCAUAUAAUUGAGAGUAUUUUUUUUAGGAUAGCGAUUUUGAUUCAAUGUGUGAAUUAAACAUGAGCAACAUGCCAACAUGUGUCCUUCCAAGCACACAUAUACAUUGUGACGUUGUUAGACCUC